GGGCUCGCAGGUGGCGGCGGAAGUGACGGCCGGCGCGGGGUGCCUGUCGCGGGGGAAGAUGGCGCCUGCGGCCGUGCUAGGCAUCGCAGAAGCCCCCCGGCGCCUCCCUCCGCCGCCCCCGGCUUUAUGUUACACCGAGGCCCCCCUCUCCGCCGUUCCAGCGGGAGGAGCCGCGUCUUCAGCGCCGCCGCUGCCGAGAGGUGAUUCAUGGCAGGGGACGUGGAAGGGUUUAGCUCCUCCAUCCAUGACACUAGUGUCUCUGCCGGAUUCAGAGCACUGUAUGAGGAAGGAUUGCUUCUUGAUGUCACACUUGUCAUUGAAGACCACCAAUUUCAGGCUCAUAAAGCACUGCUUGCCACCCAGAGUGAUUACUUCAGGAUUAUGUUCACAGCUGAUAUGCGGGAACGAGAUCAGGACAAAAUCCAUUUGAAAGGUCUGACAGCUACAGGCUUCAGUCAUGUCCUCCAGUUCAUGUACUAUGGAACUAUUGAGCUGAGUAUGAACACUGUUCAUGAAAUACUUCAGGCUGCCAUGUAUGUCCAGCUUAUAGAGGUGGUAAAGUUUUGCUGCUCUUUUCUCUUAGCUAAAAUCUGCUUAGAAAACUGUGCAGAAAUUAUGAGACUUCUGGAUGAUUUUGGUGUAAACAUCGAAGGAGUCAGGGAAAAAUUGGACUCCUUUCUACUAGAGAAUUUUGUGCCACUCAUGUCCAGACCUGACUUCCUUUCGUACCUGAGCUUUGAGAAGCUCAUGUCUUACUUGGAUAAUGAUCACCUGAGCAGGUUUCCAGAGAUAGAGCUGUAUGAAGCUGUUCAGGCCUGGCUGCGCCAUGAUAGAAGACGCUGGAGGCAUACGGACACCAUCAUUCAGAACAUCAGGUUUUGUUUGAUGACACCAUCCAGUGUUUUUGAGAAGGUAAAAACAUCAGAGUUUUAUCGAUACUCCCGGCAGCUGCGACAUGAGGUUGACCAAGCCAUGAAUUACUUUCAUAGCGUUCACCAACAGCCUCUGAUGGAAAUGAAAUCGAACAAAAUUCGUUCUGCCAAACCCCAGACUGCAGUAUUUAGAGGAAUGAUAGGACACAGUAUGGUAAACAGUAAAAUUCUUCUCUUGCACAAACCAAGGGUCUGGUGGGAACUAGAAGGUCCUCAAGUACCUUUGCGACCAGACUGCCUUGCCAUUGUGAAUAACUUUGUGUUCCUGUUAGGUGGGGAAGAACUGGGGCCAGAUGGUGAGUUUCAUGCAUCAUCCAAAGUGUUUAGGUAUGACCCAAGACAGAACACUUGGUUACGAAUGGCAGACAUGUCUGUUCCACGUUCAGAGUUUGCUGUUGGAGUGAUUGGGAGGUACGUUUACGCGGUGGCUGGGAGAACCAGGGACGAAACGUUUUACUCGACCGAACGCUAUGAUAUCACUGAAGACAAAUGGGAGUUUGUGGAUCCCUAUCCCGUCAAUAAGUACGGCCACGAAGGGACUGUGCUUGGUAACAAGUUGUAUAUCACUGGUGGAAUUACUUCGUCUUCAACUUCUAAGCAAGUGUGUGUGUUUGAUCCCAGUAAAGAAGGGACAGUGGAGCAGCGAACGAGGAGAACUCAAGUGGUCACUAACUGUUGGGAGAACAAGUGCAAAAUGAAUUAUGCGAGGUGCUUUCACAAAAUGAUUUCUUACAAUGGUAAGCUUUAUGUCUUUGGGGGCGUCUGUGUGAUCCUGAGGGCCUCCUUUGAAUCCCAAGGAUGUCCUUCUACAGAGGUUUAUGACCCAGAUACUGAUCAGUGGACUAUAUUGGCUUCUAUGCCAAUCGGUAGGAGCGGUCACGGUGUAGCUGUGCUGGACAAACAGAUCAUGGUUCUUGGAGGCCUUUGUUACAACGGUCACUACAGUGAUUCGAUUCUCACCUUUGACCCAGAGGAAAACAAAUGGAAAGAAGAUGAAUAUCCAAGGAUGCCAUGCAAGCUGGAUGGCUUACAAGUCUGCAGCUUGCAUUUUCCUGAAUAUGUUUUGGAGCAUGUUAGACGUUGCAGCUAAAAUAAACAACUCAGUGAAAUGCAAAAACCUAUACCCAGUUUGUCAAAAAAAAAUCCAAGUCCUUCAGAGAUGUUACCUUGUGUGUGAGGUAAAAGCUUGAGAGAAACAGGAUGUACAGGGAGUGUACUUACCAGGCUCAUCAGAAGAGCCAAGAAGUUAGUCUGAUAUUGUGAAGUCUUUGGUUUGUUUUUAACAAAUAUAAUUCUAAGUAGGGGGAGGAAAAAAAAUCAGUGUAUUUUUUUAAAUUAUUUUGAGUUUUUUGGGGGGUAAAAUUUUAUGUUCACAGUACUGUCUUCAUUUUUUUUUUAAUGGCCAUUAUACAGCUGUGCUUCUGGAAUCAGUUAACAAAGUGUUUGUGGGAGAAAAGAAGACUUUAUUUUCAUUGUUUUUUCAGUUGAGCAUCAAAAUAAAACACAUUGCCUGUACUAGGGUACAACAAGGUCUAAACCAACAAAACAAACUCAAUCACUUCUAUAAUUUACGUGGUCUUUUGGAUGCUUUCCCCAUUAAUUGCAGAAUACUCUUGAAUCUACUAGGUGGUUUUGUUUUCCCUUAUCUAUGUUGAAGGAUAAUCUUAACCCCUUUGCAUGUUCUUUUUCCUAGUUUUUGUAUAGUGGUACCAGUAAGUCUGCCAAAACUCAGAUUCUACAUUUCUACUCAGCUGAAAACAAAACAUUUUUUUCUAUCCAAAACACUACUACUCUGCUGCCUUCUGUUGUCUGCAUUGUGGUUGUUGGUGAGUUAAAAGAAAUAUAUAUGCACACACAUGCAUACACUGUAAAAACUAUAUGUAUAUAAAUACAUCUUGUAAUGUGCAGUUACAAUAUUCUAACUAGUGCACAGAUUGAUCCAGACCCGUUGAAUUUAAAGUUUAGUACUGUCCUUUAAUGAGCUAAGUAAUUCAGAAUUCUUAAGUAACUGGAAGCCUAAUUUGGUAUCAAAGUAUCUUUAGUCUACACUGGUUGAUUCAGGAACAUUAAACUCUUUAUAUUGAUGCUACGUAACAAACCAUUGAGAAUUUUUUAUUUCAUCAUUUAUUUUUUCAAAAGUAAAACCAACUUAGCAGAGUUUCUUUUAUGUCUGAAUGUGAGGCCCAGUUUGUUGAUUUGUUUUUUUUUAAUGAAAUUGGGAAAUGUCAAUAAGCAAAAAGCUCAGCGCAAAACUAGACGACUUCAGAGUCUAUUCUCAGUGCUCUGCUUGUACUCCUGCUUCAAUACAAGUUCUUUUGUGCUUGUACUGAAGUAAUUAUCAACUGCUAUGAACUACUGUGUUUUGAAAAUGUGGAGUUAUGUGGUUGGAGAGUACCAUUGGUGUUUCUUUUACAAACAAAACCUACACAGCUAUAGCUACUGACCUCAGAGUGCCUGAAUCAAGAUGUGCAAUCCAGGAGGGCUUUGAAUAACUCCAUUGUGUAGACCUGCAGAUAUUACUGACAAGUAGAUUGGUAAGAAUUAUCUGCCAAGACAUAAGUAAUCUCAGUAAUUACAUUCUGAUCAUCUUUAAUGGUGUGAAAUUAGCCACUUGUCAAAUCUAAAGGGGAAAUCUGGAGAAGCUGAAGGCUCACACUUAGUUCAGCUGCGUAGGGGUGAAAUGCUGAAACAUGCACCUGCAUAUUUUGUAAAGUCUUGAUGCUGCUGUGUUGCACUUGAAGCAAUAGACUUUACUUUAUAUGCAGCAAGCCAAAACCACUUUUUUUCAGCAUCUUCCAGUCAGAAAUCACUGUAGAAAAGGAAUGUACAGUACUCAGGGAGUUCAAAAGAAUGCACUUACAAAGGGACCAAACGGGACCAAAAUAACCCUAAGUUUCCUAUGUUAAAAAUAACAACUGCUUGCCUAAACUGAGUUUGAAAUAACUGAUGGAAGUUAAAGUGUAAAACUCCUCAUACUUAUAUUUUGAUAUCUUUUAGUAGUAAUUCCAUUCUGGGUUGAGAUGUGAUGUGGUAGUAAUUCCAUUCUGGGUUUGGAGCUAUAUGGCAUGUUAGCAGGGUGGGUUUUUUUUUUUCUUUUGUGGGUGUUUUUUUAAUUGAAAAUGGUUUAUUGAUAGAAUGUUUCCUUUCUAUGUGUUUUAACAGCCAGAGAGAGAGAGAGUCUGUGCCAUCAUAGCUAUAGCAGUAAGUUAUUUACACCAGUAGUGACUGGACCAAAUACUGAUAUUCAGCCUUCCGAUACAGACUAAUUUACAGUUAAAUUUAAGUCUUAUUUUAACCAAAAUUCAGUUUGCUGAAUUAAAAAAAUCUACUUUACUUUAUUAAUAGCAUAACUUAAAGCCAAUGUGGCUUACCUCAGUUUCACUGUGAGACUCGUGUGUACGUUGCCCUGCAUGGGUGCAGAGAUAAACUGUCUCUAGUAGGUUCUGACUCUGCAAGUAAAAAGCUUCUACUGUAUAUAGUUCAUGGAAUAUUGGGGCACAAGUGGGUUUUUUUUCUGUAUGUUUUGUUUGUUUUUUCUUUUUAACUUGUUUGGGGUAUUUUUUGUUUGUUUGGUUUGGUUUGGUUUUGUUUUGUUGGGAUUUUUAUUAUUAUUACUCUUUUUGUUACCAGUUAAUUUCCAAUUAAGUGUAUGGGGUAGCCCAAACUAAUCCUGCUUGAGUAGGCUUUCAUGAGUGUGUUCUGUACAGUAUGGAAUACUUUUAUCUAGGGCAUGGAUGUGGUUCUGGAUGUCUGGUCUCCCAUGAUUCAGGUGUAGUAAAGAGAUUUAGCCAAGACUUCAUCAAAAGAUGAGGAUGAGGAUGAGGGAUGUCUCAAGUUACAUUUUGGGUCUACAUUUAAGCACCUUCUGAAAAUUUUUUGCUCAGAGCAACUGCCACUAAAGUGAUUGGUGAGUAGUGACACUUUGAAUCAUGAAGAACCAGAUGAGUUUCAGGUGCUCUGGUUUAAAAUUUCUAUGUAUCACCAUGCCCCCAGUUCUGAAAGAUCCUGUUCAGGACUGUAAUUGUAAUUCUUCUGUGAAAUUCUAACUUGAACUGUUGGUUUCAGCUUCCCUGAAGAUGUGUCUCCAUUGAGAAGCUGGCUUUAACCAAGCUUUAGGAAUGAUUGGAAUCUGCUUGGGUUUAGUGCAAGGGUGUGUGAGAAUGUUUUGUUGAUUUACAUUUCUACUGUGCUUUUAUUGUUACAGAGGUGAAAUACAAAAUCAGCUUGCCUCCUCUUUUCCACUGCAGAGGAAAUUUUGAGGCAGUUAUUUUGUUACUUUAUGUAUCAGAGGGAUAGUUUGGGGUUUUUUAAUGGACAAUUAUUGUUUGUGCUUUGUUUUAGUAUUUAGCUCCAGAUUAUUUAGUGUUUAGGUGAAAAGAAAACUAAGCCAGCUAAUAAGAAUUGCCUGUUCCUAUCAAAUUUUUACUAUUAUGAGCAGAUUAAGAGUAUUAAAAACACUGAAAUGCCUCUGAUUUGUCAAGGAAAAGGUAAGUUACCAUCUUUGAUGAUUAAAUUUGGAGGGGUUUUGUCUUCUCUUCCCACCCCAACCAUAGGAUAAUACCAGCAAAUCUUAAUCUCACCCACGUGUUUAACACCUGGCCUGCUUUUAAACAGCAGGUACUUGCCUUGCCUUGAAAAGGUGGAUGGUAGUGAGUUACAAUCUAGGGGUUGGUUUUUUUCAGCAUUUCACAGACUCACAGAGUGUUAGGGGUUGGAAGGGACUUCCAAAGAUCAUCCAGUCCAAACUCCCUGCCAGAGCAGGAGCACCUAGAGCAGGUCACACAGAAACGCAUCCAGGUGGGUUUGGAAUGUUUCCAGCCUCUUUGGGAAGCUUGUUCCAGGGCUCUGGCACCCUCUGAGGGAAAAAGGUUUUCCUCAUGUUUAUGUGGAACUUCCUCUGCUCCUGCUUGCACUCAUUGCCCCUUGUCCUAUUGAUGCACAUCCCUGAGCAGAGCCUGGCUCUGUCCUCAUAGAAUCAACCAGAUAGGAAGAGAGCUCCAAGCUCAUCCAGUCCAACCUAGCACCCAGCCCUGGCCAACCAACCAGACCAUGGCACUAAGUGCCCCAGCCAGGCUUGCCUUCAACACCUCCAGGCACAGCCACUCCACCACCUCCCUGGGCAGCCCAUUCCAAUGCCAAUCACUCUCUCUGCCAACAACUUCCUCCUAACACCCAGCCUAUACUUCCUCCAGCACAACUUGAGACUGUGUCCCCUUGUUCUAUUGGUGGCCACCCUUCACAUCUUUCUAAAUGUGAAUGAGGUCACCCCCCAGUCUGUUCUCCAGGCUAAAGAGCCUCAACUCAGCCUUGCCUCAGAAGGGAGAUGUUCCACUCAGUUAAGUGUCAUUCCUCUGUGCUGAACUCUCUCAAGCAGUUGUCUGAGAUGCUUCUUGAACUGAGGAUGAACCUUUCUGGACCUACUAACCCCAGCCCUUCUAAUCCACCCCAGGAUGCCAUUGGCCUUGGCCACAAGGGCACAUUACUGGCUCAUGAUCAAUCUUUUGUCCACCAGGGCUCCCAGGUCCCUUUCCUCUAUGCGGCUCUCCAGUAGGUCAGUCCCAAACCUACACUGGUCUGUGAGGCUGUUAUUUCCCAGCAGUCCAACUCCACACUUGUCCUUCGUAAAUAUAGCAGCUUCAUGUCUUGAUUUAGCAGCAAGCUCUGGAAGCAAAGUUUAUUUUGAAAUGAGCCAGAAUGGACAAAAAUCCCACAGUACUGUAAAGGGGUUGGAAACUGCCAGCUCCCAUUCCACAUGCUGCUGUAUUUCUUUUUAGGGGACAAGAAGGUUUUUUUCUUCCAAAGCAAAAAAGAGAGUUAAUUUUUCCCCAGAGUGUUGGUGCUAGUUUCAUUGUGGGAGGUAUUAGGUGGCAAAAAAAGAGGAACAUUUUGAGGUGUUUUUUUUUUCUCCCAGUGAUUCAGCUGGAAGAAGGCAGUUCUUGAUUUGACAAAGACUGCUAUUUCAGAAAGCCCUGCUCUUGGCAAGAAGGGGUAGUAGCAGCAUAUGAGGUACCUGACAACCUGCUUUUAUGUUACUCUUUUGAGAUGUGUGGAUGCCCUACUUUAUCUGCUGUCUGAUAGCAGUCCUCUUAUAACAAGCUCCAAGGGCUUCUCGCUAAUAUGUCUUUGGUUUCUCAGAUUUGCAGACAUUUUUUCCUCUUGAGGACCUCUCCUGCCUUACAGACCCAAAUGCUGCUUUCUCUUUAGUGCUGAUAACGUGGUAACUACCUGCCUUAGGGAGGAAGCAUCGCUCGACACCCAGGAAGCAAAGAAUGAAAUUCAGCAGGUACAAAUUCAAAUCAGUUUAAAAAGAAAACUUACUGGUUAAUUCAGUGGAGCUGUUGGAGUGAGGCCAGGGGGCCACAAAGAUGAUCCAAGGACUGAAAUACCUUCAGCCUGGAGAAAACUCUGGGGAAACCUUAGAACAGCCUUCCAAUAUGUGAAGGGAAGACUGGAGAGGAACUUUUUGCAAGGUUGUCUGAGGGAGGGUAGGUUAAGACUGGAUCUUAGGCAAAAGCUCUUCAGUAUGAGGAUGGUGAAACUCUGGAAUAGGCUACCCAGGGGAGAGAGGCUGUGGAUGCUUCCUGCCUGGGGUUGUUCAAGGCCAGGUUGGAUGAGGCCUUGAGCAGCCAAGUCUGGUAGAGAAGCAUCCCUGCCCAUGGUGGGGAGGCUGGAGUAGAUGAUCUCUAAGGUCCCUGCCAACCUAAGCCCUUCUAUGAUUGCAUCCAUUCAUUUGCAAAGGGAGGGUAAGCAUUAUGGGGAGCUGCUAAUGGCUCUUUAAAUUUCAAGCUUGUGUCAGCAUUUAUAUGACAAAAUCUUUUUAGAAAAAAGCUGUAUUUGUAGGGCUGAGUUUGCCUUUUUAUUCUGUUUUUCUCCCUUACCUCCAAAAACUACAACACAAAAACAAAGUAGUGAAUGAGGCCACUCAUUCUUUUACCACUUCAAAUACGUACUUGAAGGCUAUGAACAGUCCAGUAUAAAGCAAACAGAAAGAUGCAAGGUACUUGGAACCUAUAAGCACAACUGUUAUAAAACUUGUGCUUGAGUGUCCUACUCUUCUUCCAAUAGUAAAACCAGAGCUGGUGAAGUUACCUGAGUAAGUGUGGUCCACAUGUGGCAGGGCUCACCAAAGGGAGAGCAGGACAGAACAAAACUGGAAAGCACAUGGAAUCUAUUUGAAACAAAGCUUGCUGGUGUCCUGUAGCUAACAGUUUGACAUUUUAAUGUUUGUAAACCAAUCUGAAGCUGCUUAAAAUAAAAACUAGUGACUGCUUUUGCAUCUGUAUUUGAUUUUUGCAAGUUGGUAACUUGAACAUUUCCAUUCGUGGGGUAGAGCUCAUAAAAAUGUGGCAGCAAAGCUGAGGGUGUUUUGAGCACAGGUUUGCUGAAGAUCCCUCUGCAGUUUUUUUCCUUCUCAAAAAUAACUCUCAAAGAUGAAUUUCAAGCAUAUUAAGUUGCUAGUUAGGGGAAAACCACUUCUGUUUGCAGAUAGCCAUUUUUAUGUCUGGUAGAAAAUGUUACAAGCCUAGAAAAUCCACUGUUCUAUAGGGCUGUAUGGAGCUCGUAUUACCUCAGUGGCACCCACCUUACUUCUAAGUCACUUCUGGGAGCAUGGUGAAGGGAAGAGUGAGCUAUGUUUUUAUUUUAAACACUUCUUUUUCCCCUAGAGAUUUGUUAUUUUUGUAGACCUUUCUAAAAAGAAAUUCUAUGCUGGAGACUGCAGUUCUGUUACGGUGUUAUCCCACCUGAUUCCAGUCUAUAAUAUCAGAUUGUUCAUGUGGCAAAGAAUGUAUUUGAGAAGUUUUUUAUGAGUUAACAGGGGGGAAAAAUGUUAUUUUGAAAUCCUGCUGUGUUUGUGUCUAUCAACUGAAAAUAUUGAAAAUUAAAAUUAUAUAUGUAUAUAUAAGAUGACCUCAUACAUACAUUUGGAUUAACUGUCUAAUUAUUACCCUAGGGCUGCUAUAACCUUUGAAUAAUUUAAGAAUUGCCUCUUUUGAACUGUUUUAAAACCUCUUUUUUUUUUUCCUGCCUUUUUUUUCCCCUUUUUUUGGAAGAAAGAGGUUUUCCUCAGCUAUGGAUACAGUGUGCUCAGACUUGCAUAUGUGCUUUCUUUGGGUUUUAAACUGAAAAACAAAACAAAAUGUAUAAAAUGUGUAUAAAGGAAAGUGUAAAUAAAAUAUUUUUAAUCUUUAAA